CCGUCCCCGCCGCCUCUGCCGCCGCCGCCCCCAGGGCAUGGCCUGUCUGAUGGCCGCUUUCUCGGUCGGCACCGCCAUGAAUGCCAGCAGUUACUCUGCAGCAAUGACGGAGCCCAAGUCGGUGUGCGUCUCAGUGGAUGAAGUGGUCUCCAGCAACAUGGAGGCCACCGAGACGGACCUGCUGAAUGGCCAUCUGAAAAAAGUGGACAACAACCUCACAGAGGCCCAGCGCUUUUCCUCCCUGCCUCGGAGGGCGGCGGUGAACAUCGAGUUCAAGGACCUCUCCUACUCGGUCCCAGAGGGACCCUGGUGGAGGAAGAAAGGAUACAAGACCCUUCUGAAAGGAAUUUCCGGGAAAUUCAACAGCGGGGAGCUGGUGGCCAUCAUGGGUCCUUCCGGGGCUGGGAAGUCCACGCUCAUGAACAUUCUGGCCGGAUAUAGGGAGACCGGCAUGAAGGGGGCGGUCCUCAUCAACGGCCUGCCCCGGGACCUGCGCUGCUUCCGGAAAGUGUCCUGCUACAUUAUGCAGGACGACAUGCUGCUGCCACACCUCACCGUGCAGGAGGCCAUGAUGGUGUCUGCACAUCUGAAGCUCCAGGAGAAGGACGAAGGCAGAAGGGAGAUGGUCAAGGAGAUCCUGAUGGCUCUGGGCUUGCUGUCCUGUGCCAACACGCGGACAGGAAGCCUCUCCGGCGGCCAGCGGAAGCGUCUGGCCAUCGCGCUGGAGCUGGUGAACAACCCUCCUGUCAUGUUCUUCGACGAGCCCACCAGCGGCCUGGACAGCGCCUCCUGCUUCCAGGUGGUCUCCCUGAUGAAAGGACUGGCUCAAGGAGGGAGGUCCAUCAUCUGCACCAUCCACCAGCCCAGCGCCAAGCUCUUCGAGCUGUUCGACCAGCUUUACGUCCUUAGUCAAGGACAAUGUGUGUACCGGGGAAAAGUCUCAAACCUUGUACCGUAUUUGAGGGAUUUAGGUCUGAACUGCCCAACCUACCACAACCCUGCUGAUUUUGUCAUGGAGGUGGCGUCCGGUGAGUACGGCGAUCAGAACAGCCGCCUGGUGAGAGCCGUCCGGGAGGGCAUGUGCGACUCGGACUACAGGAGAGAGCCGGGGAGCGACGCCGAGGUGACCCCUUUUCUUUGGCACCGGCCCUCUGAAGAGGUAAAGCAGGCAAAGCGAUUGGAGGGGUUGAGGAAGGACUCCACUUCCAUGGAAGGCUGUCACAGCUUCUCGGCCAGCUGCCUCACCCAGUUCUGCAUCCUCUUCAAAAGGACUUUCCUCAGCAUCAUGAGGGAUUCGGUCCUGACGCACCUCCGGAUCACCUCUCACAUUGGAAUCGGCCUCCUCAUCGGCCUGCUCUACCUGGGGAUUGGGAAUGAAGCCAAGAAGGUCUUGAGUAACUCGGGCUUCCUCUUCUUCUCCAUGCUGUUCCUCAUGUUCGCGGCCCUCAUGCCCACUGUUCUUACAUUUCCCCUGGAGAUGGGCGUGUUUCUUCGAGAACACCUGAAUUACUGGUACAGCCUGAAGGCCUACUACCUAGCCAAGACCAUGGCCGAUGUCCCCUUUCAGAUCAUGUUCCCCGUGGCGUACUGCAGCAUCGUGUACUGGAUGACGUCGCAGCCCUCUGACGCUGUGCGGUUCGUCCUGUUUGCCGCGCUGGGCACCAUGACCUCGCUGGUGGCACAGUCCCUGGGCCUGCUGAUCGGAGCUGCCUCCACGUCCCUGCAGGUGGCAACCUUCGUGGGUCCUGUGACGGCCAUCCCCGUCCUCCUCUUCUCAGGAUUCUUCGUCAGCUUUGACACCAUCCCGACUUACCUGCAGUGGAUGUCUUACAUCUCCUACGUCAGGUACGGGUUCGAAGGGGUCAUCCUCUCCAUCUAUGGCCUCGACCGAGAAGAUCUGCAUUGCGACAUCGACGAGACGUGCCACUUCCAGAAGUCAGAGGCCAUUCUGAGAGAACUGGACGUGGAAAACGCCAAACUCUACCUGGACUUCAUCGUCCUGGGCGUUUUCUUCAUCUCCCUGCGCCUCAUUGCCUAUUUUGUCCUGAGGUACAAAAUCCGGGCAGAGAGGUAAAACAGCUGAAUGCCAGGAGAGAGGAAAAUGAGACAUUGUGGCCAAGGGCCACUGCUAGAAUCGUGGCGGCAAGCCUGUGCCGCGGACACAGAGACCACGGUGACCCAACCCCUAGAAGCCACGUUUGGUUCGCGAGUGUCACGUGUUUGACUCCUCCGCCCAGCUGGGAUGGGUCUUCUCUCCAUUACCCUUUCUAGCUUUAACUAGGAAGAAGAUGUAGGAAGGUUUUUUUUUCACAUGCAGAAUUUUAAGAUACCACAACUGGGGCAGAGUUUAAAACUGCAACAAAGCUGGUGACAAGAGGCUUCCUUGGUCGAGUUCCUCCUUCUGGUAACGCUGGUCCUGGAUGGGGCAUUCCAGCAGCUUCUUGGCUGAUCACUGUGCAGUUAGAUGUCGGGGGAGAGAGGCAAGGCGUGGCGCGAUUCCAUUUUAUGACUGUUGUUUUAAUAGCUUCAUCUUUCUACGAUUUGUCUCUUUUUCCAAGCAGAAGUCAUUUUCCAAGCCAAAAGUUGAUAGAUUUCAUUCAUUUUAAGAAACUGUGUCUUUUUAGUACCUGUUGAAGAAAAUUAUUCAGGGUAAAUAACAUACUUUGUUUAGAGAUACGAGAAGUUGAACUUAAUCGCGGAGCUGGUCUCGUUUAGGGACAGAACUUGUGUAAGAUGCAGAGGCAGGUGCCAGGAAGGCGGACUUUGGAACUGUAUGCACUCAGCCCUGCAGAAAUUUUAAAGAGUUAUACAAAACAUUGUAAGGUGUAAUUGGCCAACUCUUUCCAAGUCUUUUAUUUUCCCCAUGCAUCUUAUUUUAAGCAAAAUAUAUUGUUUCUUUUUUCUAACUUUCUGAGCACCUUAAUUUUGCCUAAAAAUACUCCAGAAGAUCAACCCUGUUUGUGUUGUGCAAACAUUUCUGUUUCCUCCUAUGUUUCAUCAGCUACCUCCACUGGACCUGGGAAAGCUGGGCUGAGGGAGAUUCCAGGCAGGAAUGUUGAGGGUUGUGCAGGUGCAAGGGGUGAAAGAGGAGCUACCUGCACAAGAGGGAAGAUGCUGAGCCUUCAUUAGCAUCUAAGGCCUUUGCAGGAAACCCACGGAGACCUAGUGUGGCCGGGGCGUUUGCAGCGCCAUCAAGCAAUGCACUAGAGCCGUGGGUGAGUCCAUCUCCCAAGUCUGUGUUCUGCAGCAUCUCAGCUGCACCACCUUCUCAAUGUUGGGCUUGUGUAGACUUCGAAGACCGGAAAUUCCUUCUUCCCAGUGACGAAAUCACGUAAGUGAAUCCCUCUAGGUCAGGAACGGUGGGCCCAUCUGCAGGGUAGACGGCCCUUGACUUCGUAACAGGGUGCCUGUGUGCUCUUCAGCCAUCAGAGGCAGUGUGACUACACAGGGGAAAGUGAUUCUGGCUAAAGAAGGUUAUCUGAAGGACAACGGAAUUACUUCCCCUUCUAGGCUAUCAUUAUCCUGAAACUGGGGUCUCCUAAGGAAAGGUUGUAUUUUUGUGGGCAAAUUCAUUAACCUCUCUGAGCCUCAGUUUCUUUAGCUGUAAAUAGUCGCCCUAGAUCGUUUUCAAGGCCGUGUUCAGCUCUAUAAAGUUCUGAGCUUCCUCAGUUGUCUUCCUGAAGCUCUUAUUUCCAACUUUAAGAGAAUGAGAAGAGUCCAAAUUGUACUUACAUGUGGAUUUGAUUUGCAAACGCUUAGAGAUAUCUUUUUCACCUUUAGAUCCUUUUUAGUAAAUGCAGUUGAGAUACAUCAAAACGUAAUUUUAAGUUUGCUUAUUUUACACCAGUGUGGCAUUGCCUUCCAGUAAGUGUAACCAGGGUCACACUUAGCCUUUAUAGAAGUCCUCAUAUAAUUUCAAGAUAGAUUUGCUUGUAGGACACCACACAGAGGAAGACACCCGUAGGAACAGCCUGGUGAAAUACAGAGUUGGAAAGAAGAGAAAGUCCUUGCUGGGGACUCAGAAUUACAUCAGAUGAGGUCAGUAUUUAACGACUCCUUCCCUCCGGGUGAGUCCUUCCAGUUGCGGGUCUGUGACCCUAAGAAGGACGAGAGCGCAGGAGCCGCACUCUGUCGGGCCGACCAUCUCCACUCCACAGGCAGCUCCAUCUCAUUCGUGGAGCCCGGGGUGCUGUAUCUCAGCAAUUUUGGAAGGAAACAGUGAGAUACCCUGGAUUUAAAAUCUGGCUUCCAAGCACACAUAAGCCCUCAGAAGGAAUUAUGUCCCUAGGAGUUCGUGCUCCCUGCAUUUCCGUUUUCCACUGUUAACAGAUUAUAUUCGUCCCUGAAUAGGUGAGGAACGGAUGCAGGUCCUCCCAAAGGGCAGAUCGUGGGGGACGAGAGGACUGUUGGGCUGUGGGAAGGGAAAUGCAUAUGCAAAGGAACACAGCUAUUUUGUAAAGGAUGCUAAUGGCUUAUAGCGAGUAUUCUGAAGUCACCAGCACAGGAGAAUUUGCUUAGGAAGACCCAGAGCCAUGUGGGAUGAGGAUGGGUCAGUCUAAGAUGAUCCCUUCAUUCCUCUUCACAUAUCAGCAGCUACCCCUCACUCUCAUCUCAUAAUGGGUUAAUAAUGCUGCCAUUUGUUGUAGGGUAGUUUGACAAAACCUCUUAUUCCAAUGGCCGAAGAUAACAUCCAAGCAACUUACUGAUUUAUUUUUCUAAGUAGUUGUGGUUAAGAGGUAGGUGAUGAUGUGCUGUCCUCCAGACAUUGGAAUUUAAACCCGGCCAACUUCCCAAAUCUAAUUCUUUGAAGCAAUUUCUGAAUGUAAUGACUCAAAUAUUCUUUUCAUCUCUGAUGGCGCUUCUUCACUUAGAAGGAAGGAUUAAAACUUGGAUAAAGGAUGCGCAACCUCUCCAGUGUUGGUAGAGGUAAAAAUGGAACUCCAUAGACGAACACUUUUCAGGGAAGCUUGUCAGGAGAGAAAGGGGAGCACCAUGGGGUCCAGCCACCGUUCCUGCCCCGAGACAGCUUCAGGGCCUGGGUCUUUGCUGACAGCCCCAUCCUGGAAGCCUUUCCCCUCUGCCCACAUUUCAGAGCAUUUUGUGCCUCCCCUUCUCCUCCUCUCGCUGAAGGUCAGCUAGAGAAUUAAAUUCUUGGGAAGUUCCUGCAUGGGUGAAGUGGGAGGCUCUCCCCAUGAAGGGAAGAAACCCGUGUGAAUGUUUUACGUGGAAGAUGCUGGAAUCUGAAGACUUGACCUUGAGGGAGGGGCCUUCAGCUCCAGGAAAUGGGACAUCAGCUUUUAGGUUAAAAACCUAUCCUAGAAACCCCCAAAGAGGCCGUUUCCCACCCUGACAAAAGCACUGCCAGGAGGGCAGGCACAGGCUGCAUCCAUGAGGCAGAAAUCACCGUGGUUGUUUCCCUGAUGAGAGAAAGCCUUGCGCUCCGGGCACUGAGCAUCCUUCCUGCCGAGCGGUGCAGGUGCUGCACUGGGUGCCUCACGCAUCCCUCUGUUCCUUCACUCGCUCAGCACGCGUUUAUCAACCCAUCCCCACGUGCUUGGUGCUGUCCCAAGCCCUGAGGGUUCAGAGGAGGGAAAUAGAUGCGGACCUGCCCCCACGGGGCCUGCCCUCCAGUGCAGGCUGCGGGAGGGGGCCCAUGACCCCCUCGCUCUGUUCAUCCCGCAGAUGCAGAAUGCCCCGGCCAGGAGAGGGUCAGGAGUUCCCGGGUCCCAGGGCCGGGAGAGAGCAGAGUUGGAAUUCGAGCCCCAGUCUGGCCCCGAGGUCUCUAUUUUUUUUGCUUUGCUGUGUCGCUUCCUGUUCAUACUGUAGAAGUGUAUAUGAAAAUCCAUCCUUUGUUGGUAUAAUGUGCAAUACUAGUUUAGUGGCUUUUCCUUCUGGACUUGCUGUCACCAAACAGAUAGCUGAGAUGGGAGGGUGGCACGCGCCCCUGCCCCUCAAUCACCUUGCACAGAGGUGCACGAGCUGGCCUGUGGGGCCGGGCUUACUCCUGUCUCAGCGGAGAGGUGCCUUCCUCUGCCCUCGCCAGGUCUUAGCUUCCUAAUGCAGCACGCCUGUGGGUCAGCGUGGACUAGGGAGGGUGUGUGCGUGUGUGUGUGUGUGCAUGUGCAGGCUUGCUCCAGGUGUGUAUCGAAUAGUGUUACUCUGUGGUGUUUCCUUCAUCUCUAAAUCCUCGCUCGUCCUUUACUCCAAGAAGGAAAGGAAAAAUUCCCUCCCUUCACGCCUAUCGUGCAGAUGGUAAAAGUGUAGUCGAACCUCAUUAAGGCUUUCAUCAGAUGCCAGGAAAAUUAGAAUGUGACAAAACGUGAAACGAAGCACCUGGAGGGUGUGAAUUUAAGUUAGAUACUUUUAAUAAAUAAAGACUGCUAAUAAAAUAUUUUAUAUGAAACUUUUUACUUGUGUUCAGUGUUAAAUGCUUCAAACUCAAAAUGAUUUGCUUGAAUCAUACCAGGUAAAAUGAAUUUUCAGGUGGUAUUUUGAUUAGAUUUGUUGGCAGUCUAGUGAGAGUUCUGCUUUUUUGUGUGGUGUUCUGGUCUAACCCGAUGGUAAAUCAUCACCUUUCUCUCUCGGAAACCGUCAUGUUUUAUGUUGAACUGUCUUAAAGUUUUGUGUUUCCCCUCCGUUCUCCCGGACUCCUCAAGCACUUCUUCCUGCCUUGUUCACGUCGGCCUCAGCCUCAAAAAGUGCCGAGGCCCCAAAUGCACGUGGCCCAUGCUGUCUCGUCCAGUCCUCUCCACCCUCGAGAUGGUCCCCCAGACACGGGCACUCGGGGGGUGGU